AUGCAAGCAAUUCCAUCUCAUGCAUUAAAUUAAUUGAUUUUAAAUGGAGAUCAAAGCCCAGCUCAAGAAGAGAAUAGUCCACAUUAAUUACCAUAAUCCAUUCGAUUAAAACAAAUAUAAUACAUUGAAAUGCCAAAAAAUAGAAUUAAAUAAAAGAAAAGAAGCAUUUAAGAAAUUACGGAUGAGUUGCUUCAAUGGAAAUAUUUUCUUGAUCAUAAAUUCCAACAUCAUGACUGA